AUGAUUUCCAAAAGUUUAGAAAGCUUGCAGAGGAUAUUAAUUUUUCUUCUUCUAUUAAAAGGAUCAUUAUGUCUUCGAAAUGUAUACAUGAUCAUCCCAGAAGCGGUAGAACGAGGCAAACCUGCUGUUAUUAGGUGUAUGUAUGACUUAGAAAACGAAGACUUAUACCAAGUUAAGUGGUACCGCGGGGAUCGGGAGUUCUGCCGGUACUCACCCAGAGACGUGCCGCCUCUCAAAGUCUUCCCCAUCCCAGGAAUAGAAGUUGAUCGUGAGGCGAGCGAUGCAGAGAAGCUUACGAUAAAGGCAGCGACACGGACAGCGAACGGGCGCUACACGUGCGAAGUAUCAGCUGAUGCUCCCUCGUUUUUAACGGCCCAAAUGCAUGGGUCAAUGUAUGUUGUUGAUUUACCAAAAUCCGAUCCAGAGUUGAAUGGACUCAAGGGAAGGUAUAAAGCGGGCAUGAAGUUGAAGGCGGAAUGUAUUAGCCAUGAAUCCAUGCCACCUGCGAACCUAUCAUUUUUCAUCAACAACGAACCGGCUCUCUCUCAACAUGUGUGGCACAGAGUGGGAGGAGGCGUGAACGGGAGCCUAUGGACUGCUUACAGCACUAUACAGUUCGUAGUGCAAAAACAUCACUUUAUUAGAGGAAAAAUAAAGAUCCGCUGCUCUGCAUAUAUCUACUCCAUAUAUUUUAGAAGCCAUGAACAGGUGGCAGAUGAAGAGAGAAUAAGGACAACACCCCUCCCACUGCCCGAGACGCGUGAGGCGAUAGUUUUUCCAAUACACCGUGUUUCAGACAAUAGCGCACGGGGCUUCCGCGAGAACAAUCGUAGGGAGUUGUGCAUAGCGGGACUUAUUUUGUAUGUCCUACAUAUAACUGUAUUUAGA